UGACGCAGACCCGCAGUCAGUCAGAGAGUCUCCUGUUGCUGCAGACCCAUUCACAUUCACAGCGUCUCACCGUGUUUCUGAGGAGCUUUUCUGCUGGUUUCACUGGAACUCUGGGACGAUGCCGCUGAGAGAAGCUCUCCAGAAGCUCUGAGAUGGAAAAGACCUCAGUAGAAGAUGACUGCGUGGAUUCAGGAGCCGAGACUGGAGGGUCUGAUUACAGUCCCCUGUCCUCAACCAGCAGUGGAGGUGAGUUAUCCAUGGGUGAGCUCCAGGAUCCAUUCCUCGUCAGCGUCCACCUCAUCGCCGACCCCGGCCAGGGGAAGUUCCUCCAGCAAGCUGCUGAUGCCGUGCUGUCCUGGGUUCAUCCUGAGCUGCAGCUCUUCAGAGUCUCUGAGAGAGCUUCAGUCUCCCAGCGGUCCAGGUCCAAACGGCAGCAGAACGGCGGACCUGCGGGAUGCCAGCCGGCUCUGGCCGUCAUCCUGUUCCUGCAGGAGGCGUACGGCGGCGAGGAGCACAUCCUGAUGCUCCACCGAGCUCUGCAGAGGCCUCCUUGGCGCUACCACCACACCGAGAAGGUCAGCAACGGCCGGCGGAUGCUGCCUCUGACGCCGUGCAGUCAGGACUUCUUCACUCUGUCUCCUGGAACGCCGCUCUGGGCUGUUCGGCAGGUCCACUACGGAAAAGAAAUUGUGCGAUUUACAGUUUAUUGCAGCCACGAAAACUACAGUGACAUGGUGCGACUUUACAAGCUGCUGCUGCAACGCAGGGUGGCCCAGAAGAAGGAGGACUUCUGCUUCUUUGUGGUUUAUUCCAACCCUGACAUGGAGAUCCAGCUGUCGUUCAAAAGGCUCCCUCGGGGUCAGGGUCCUGUGGUGCUGGAGUCGGCGGUGAUGGAGGUGAGGGUUCGAGACGUUGGAGUCCUGGUUCCUCUGCUGCCUCACCCCUGCAGCCCCAUCAGCGAAGUCCGCUGGCAGACCGAGGACUACGACGGAAACAAGAUCCUGCUGCAGGUCCAAGCUGCACACUUCAGACACAGACAGGAUCAUCUCUCCUCCACCAUCCCUGAUCCGUCCUCGGCUCCGUCCACCUUCAGCCGCAGCGGCGCCUCCUACAGGAACCACCGGUACCACCACCGGUCCCGUCCCCGAGCCCACCAGUCCUCCCAGGGCUCCCUGCCUCUGGCCGGAGAUGAUCCAGAAGACCAGUGGUCUGAGCGGCACCAUGCUGAUGGCUGGAGGUCCCAGUGGAGGGGCCAUCGGUCCGGAUCCCUGUUCUCCCUCCCCAACCUGGGCUCAGCCAGCUCCAGGUCCACCUGCUCCUCUCCUGGACCCUCCCCAAGCCCCCAUUACCGGAGCCACUCCCUCCACCGGAGCUCCUCCCUCGUCCCGCCGUUCCGCCUCAACGUGGACGCUCUGGUCGGGGCCGAGGAGACGGACGUGGACACCGGGGACCAAGUAAACCUGGGAGGGAGCGUGGACCUCACCGUGGUGUCGGCCUACACCAAGUCCAACCCUCCACAGACUGCUCGGCCUCUAUCGGCCCCUCCAGAGGACCUCAGAUCCUCCCUCUCUCCUGUCCUCCAGGAGAACAUCUACCAGUCCUCCACUCUGGGCCGGACUCCCAACGGCUUCUCCCUCAGAACCACUCCGUCCACCCUGAGGGGGUCCAGACCCCAAAGCAGCUCAACAACGCGGUCCUCCUCCAGCAACGUCUCCAUGAACCAGUCAGACAGCUGCAGCAUCAUCAGUGGACCAGGAGAUGAAGACAAGACAGCAGAAGAAGAAGAAGAUGAAGAAGAAGAAUUCUACAUUUAGUCUACUGUUAAAGAACUUAUUCUGACUUCAGGACUAAACGCAGCUCCACUCUGCCCCCUGCUGUCUGAUAGGACAACUACAGGAACAGCUGGAGUUUAUCAGACAUUCAUGAGUCUUUGUUUUCCUGCCUGUAGAUAAAAGUUCUGUAAAUGUGCAUAUGAACAUGUAAUGGACCAAUCACAUACCUGUACAGAAACACUAUCCAAUAAAAGAAAAUCAUUUCCCUUUCA